GGGACGGCGGUUCCGGAGCCCGCGGCCCCCAUCCUGGCCGGUGCCUUCCGCGCCCGGUGGGUGCUGGGCCCGGGCCCCGCGUCGAUCGUGGGAGCUCGCAGGCCCCUCCCGGACCACGCGGCCUGGGAAGGAGAAGAUUGUGAAGAUCUUGUGGCCAACAAGGCCUUGUGGAAGGGAGGACUUAUCCAGCCCAGCAUCUCCUUGAACUGAGAGGGACCUGAGGCAGACUUGGCCUCUUCCAUGGCACACCGGCUGCAGAUUCGCCUACUGACGUGGGAUGUGAAGGACACACUGGUCCGGCUCCGCCGCACUGUGGGGGAGGAGUAUGCCACCAAAGCCCGGGCCCAUGGCCUGGUGGUGGAGCCCACAGCCCUGGGACGAGCCUUUGGACAGGCAUACAAGGCCCAGAGUCACAAUCUCCCCAACUAUGGCCUGAGCCAGGGCCUCACCUCCCGCCAAUGGUGGCUGGAUGUGGUCCUACAGACCUUCCACCUGGCAGGGGUGCAGGAUGCCCAGGCUGUGGCCCCCAUUGCCACACAACUGUAUGAAGACUUCAGCAGCCCCAGCACCUGGCAGGUGUUGGAGGGAGCUGAGACCACCCUGAAGGGGUGCCGCAAGCGAGGUCUGAAGCUAGCAGUGGUCUCCAACUUUGAUAGACGGCUUGAGGAUAUCCUGGUGGGCCUUGGCCUGCGGGAACACUUUGACUUUGUGUUGACUUCUGAGGCUACUGGAUGGCCCAAACCAGACCCCCGAAUUUUCCAUGAAGCUUUGCGGCUUGCUCAAAUGGAACCCACAGUGGCAGCCCAUAUUGGGGACAAUUACCACUGUGAUUACCAGGGGGCUCGGGCUGCAGGCAUGCACAGCUUCCUGAUAGCUGGUCCAGCACCUCUAGACCCUGUGAUCAGGAACUCUGUGCCUGAAGAACAUCUUCUUCCCUCACUGUCCCAUCUCCUACCUGCCCUUGGCCGCCUGGAGGGUGUGUGUCAAUGAACAGUUGAGGCAGGGAGCCCCUCCUUUUCCUCAGCUCUGGACUGGGAUCUUCCUUCUGCAGCCUCCAUCCUCUAUUUUGACCAUAAAACUGGGCUUUAGCCUUGUCCUAUUAACCA